UCGUCGCGGUUGGGAGUGUGUGCAAUCCUAUUUUAAAUAUAUUUUGUGAAUCAACUGGUGGUGUGAACUCAUCUGCUGUGUAAAUAAUCCAAGUGGAAUCAGAUUCCUAUGGGUGACUCCGGCAAGACAGAUGGAAAAACUCAUUUCAAGCAAGCAUAACAUUCAACAUGUGCCAGAGUCAUACAUACUGCCUCCAGAAAGACGGCCUAGGCAAGUUGCUCUUCAUUCAUGCACGUGUGUCCCAGUCAUUGAUCUGUAUGGAAAUAUUGACAGAAAUCGACAAGAUUUAGUUCAGAGAAUCAUGGAGGCUGGCCAAGAAUUUGGAUUCUUCCAGCUGACAAAUCAUGGGGUGCCUGAGGAGCUUAUGAAGGAGACGGUUAAGGUGGCAGAGGAGUUCUUUCAACUGCCUGUAGAAGAUAUGGCUAGCUUCUAUUCUGAGGAUCCAAGAAAAGGAUGUAGAUUGUACACAAGCAUUGACUACGAUCAUGAGAAAGUGCAUUUCUGGAGAGACAAUCUGCGUCACCAUUGUCAUCCUCUGGAGGAUCAUGUUGGAGAGUGGCCAAGAAAUCCCACGAGAUACAGAGAGGUGAUGGGUAACUAUGCAGUUCGUGUGAGGGAACUAAGUUUGGUGCUUCUAGAUCUAAUAUGCGAAGGAUUAGGAAUACAAUCAGGAUAUUUCGAGGGUGGAUUGAGCAAAGUUCAAAUCAUGAGUUUGAACUAUUAUCCCCCUUGUCCCGAUCCUGCUUUGACCUUGGGAUUGCCCAAGCAUGCUGAUCCUAACCUCAUCACCGUUCUUAAUCAAGGAGCUGUUCCCGGCCUUCAAGUUUUAAGAGAUGAAGAAUGGCUUGCACUGGAGCCUGUUCCUAAUGCAUUUGUCGUUAACAUAGGCCACGCACUCCAGGUAAUAAGCAAUGGGAUGCUAAGAGGUGCUGAGCAUCGAGUUGUUACGAAUGCAGACAUUGCUCGAACAACAGUUGCCAGCUUCAUCCAUCCAUCUAACGACAGCCUAAUUCACCCUGCCGCUCUGUUGGUUUACAGAUGCAGUCUUCCCCUAUACAGAGCUUUCCCAUAUGAUGAGUUUGUCAGGAAAUUCAUAAAGGACACUCGAGACGGGGAACCCCCUAUGAAGGAAUACGAAAUCUCUUAAACAUAGAGUUAAUGGCAAAAUGCAAGCGUCUUAUCCCUCUAUCUCAUAUUCAUUUAUAGAUUUUUGGUAGGGGAAAGUGCUUGGCAAUGGUGGGGCGGGGCAGGGCAGGCGAAGGAGAUAAGGGAGAAUAGGAGGCGGUGGAAAAGAAAAAAUAGGUAAAUGGGUAGAGAGAGAAGAGGAGGGGAAAUGAAAGAGAAAGAUGAGGAAGGGAGAAAUUCUAAUAGGUUUGAUUUGUUAUUUUAAAACUUAAACACAUUUUUUCUUUCUGUAUAGACUCCAAAUUUAAGUUUUUCAAACAUAGGCUCUGUAACAUGGACUUUUAAUAAUAUAUGAAC